GAGUUCAGACCGUGUGGUCGACUCCUCAAUCUCAUCUUUCUAGCUAUGCCCACUUGUUCAUUCACUAUGCCAGCCAUAUCCAUAAAUUCUUGUGAGUCCCACGCCACUGAUCCAUCCCACCAUUUAUAUCCACCCCCUGAACUCUCAUCUGUAACUCAAAAUCUUCACUUGUUUUCUUACUACCUCAUAGUUUGUGACAGAAAUAAUGGCAGAUGAAUUUUCGGAUUUGGACUGGAUUCGCCAUCAUCUUCUUGGUGAGUUUUCGUCCUCAGAAACCUUCUUCUCCGAUCUGUAUCCUGUAAAACUCGAGGAUUCUUCCUCGGAGUUUGAUCUGAAUCCGUGUGCCCCGGUGCAAAGUUUUGGCUUUGAAGAUGUGGAGGUUUGGAACCCCGUGUUGGCGGAGGUCGAAAUGGAGAAGAAGCCCACGUCGCCUGAGACUGACGAGAAGUCCGUGUGCGGUGAGGCGAUUAUGCGGCGGUACAGGGGCGUUCGGAGGAGGCCGUGGGGCAAGUUUGCGGCGGAGAUCCGUGAUCCGACCCGGAAAGGGACACGGGUUUGGCUGGGGACGUUUGAGAGUGAGAUUGAUGCUGCGAGGGCUUAUGACUGUGCUGCCUUCAGAAUGAGGGGUCGAAGGGCAAUAUUGAACUUUCCUCUGGAGGCCGGCCAAUCUGAACCGACGCCGAACCGGUGUGGCCGGAAAAGGAGAAGACAAAGUUCACCGGCGGAGCUGUACCAAAUUUCCACUGCCAUUUAAAUUUGGGUCCUUUUCCUUAAAUAAUAUAAAUUCAAGCAUCAGUCCCUUACCCAGGACUUGGAAUAAGCUGUAUUAUUUUUGUGAAAAUUAGAGUGGGUUGUGAAUAUUUAUAUAUAACAGCUUGCUGGUUAUGUAUGCGUA